AGUAUCCCUCCCGCCCCAGGCUGGUGUCCCCCUGCACCCCGCGUCCCCCACCCCUCUCAGUCACUCUCUUCAUCCUCAUCCCAGCCUCCGCCCCGCCCCGCCCCGGCCCAGCCCGGCCCCGCCGCCAUGGAGCGCUGGUCUUGGCCGUCGGGCGGCGCCUGGCUGCUCGUGGCGGCCCGCGCGCUGCUGCAGCUGCUGCGCGCAGACCUGCGUCUGGGCCGCCCGUUGCUGGCGGCGCUGGCGCUGUUGGCCGCGCUCGACUGGCUGUGCCAGCGCCUGCUGCCCCCGCCGGCCGCACUCGCCGUGCUGGCUGCGGCUGGCUGGAUCACGUUGUCCCGCCUGGCGCGCCCGCCUCGCCUACCGGUGGCCACUCGCGCGGUGCUCAUCACCGGCUGUGACACUGGUUUUGGCAAGGAGACAGCCAAGAAACUGGACGCCAUGGGCUUCACAGUGCUGGCCACUGUAUUGGAUUUGAAUAGCUCUGGUGCCCUAGAGCUACGUGCCUGCUGUUCCCCACGCCUAAAACUGCUACAGAUGGACCUGACGAAGCCAGCAGACAUUAGCCGUGUGCUAGAGUUCACCAAGGCUCAUACCGCCAGCACUGGCCUGUGGGGCCUGGUCAACAAUGCUGGCCUCAAUGAUGUAGUGGCAGAUGUGGAGCUAUCUCCUGUGGCCACGUUCCGCAAUUGCAUGGAGGUGAACUUCUUUGGUGCACUUGAGCUAACCAAGGGCCUCUUGCCGCUUCUGCGCUGCUCAAGGGGUCGAAUUGUGACCAUGGGCAGUCCAGCAGGAGACAUGCCAUAUCCAUGCUUGGCAGCCUAUGGAACUUCCAAGGCAGCCAUAGCUCUGCUUAUGGACACAUUCAGCUGUGAACUGCUUCCCUGGGGGAUCAAGGUCAGUGUCAUCCAGCCUGGAUGCUUCAAGACAGAGUCAGUGACAAAUGUGAAUCACUGGGAGAAGCGGAAGCAACUGCUGCUGGCCAACAUGCCUAGAGAGCUGCUGCAGGCCUAUGGUGAAGACUACAUCGAGCACUUGCAUGGGCAGUUCCUUCAUUCACUUCAAAUGGCACUGCCCGACCUCAGCCCAGUUAUAGAUGCCAUCACUGAUGCCCUGUUGGCAGCUCGGCCACGUCGCCGCUAUUACCCAGGCCGUGGCGUGGGGCUCAUGUAUUUCAUCCACUACUACCUGCCUGAGGGCCUCCGUCGCCGCUUCCUACAGGCCUACUUCAUCAGUCACUGCCUGCCCCGAGCACUGCGGCCUGGCCAGCCAGGCCCUAUCCCUGCCCAGGAUAUAUCCCGGGAAACAAACCCAAACUUAGACCCUUCCCCAAUGGUGGCCCGGUGAGAUAUGUGCACAAAUGGCUUAGCUGCUCCAGUAUGGGAGCCCUUGGCUCUCUCCUGGCCGUUAUGAACCCCAAGUCUGCCCUAGAGCCUCUUAUAAAGAAACCCAAGCCCCUAACUGCCAACGCCUGGUCCAGGCCUAGGAAGCUAAGGUUUCCCAGAGAGCCUUGGUCUCUCCACUGCUUGGUGAGUCCACAUGAACCUUCCAGGAUCAGUGCUUCUCCCUGCAGCAUGGAAAACCCAGCUGGAUGGGAAGGAUAGUACAUGACUUUAGCUGUAACCUUUGACAGGACCCUACGGCAGUGCCUCUGCAAACUAAAGAGUGACUGGGUGGGUUGGGGAACCUCCUCAGGAUUGUUUCUUGGCACCUAUGCCUCAGUGCUGCAAUUCCAGGGUAAAUCCCACUGCCUCUUGACUGGUUCAAGAAUUAGGACCCCCUCACCACCCACCUCCAAGCCACAGGGAAGCUGCAUACCCUACUUGCUACAUUUUAAAUAAAGACAAAUUUUUAUUUCUCCUA